AUGACUGAAUACACUCAUCAUAUCGCCCUCGUGGGCGCAGGCACAAUCGGCCUGUCCAUGUUAGCUCUACACCUCCGCCGCCCAGACACGAAAGUCACAGUGUACGACCCGCGCCCCGACUACGAGUCUCUCGUCCGCGCCCAGCUCCCCGCAUUUCUAGACUCGACCUUGUCAACCAGCCGCGAGGUGUCGCAAAAUGUUAUCAAUGACCUGAUCGCAUCAUCUCGCCUGACACUAGCACCCUCCCUCCAGGAUGCCGUGCAGUCUGCGACUAUCAUCCAAGAACAGACGCCCGAGAAACUGGACUCGAAGCAAGCUCUUUGGAAAGAAGUGGUUCGUUUUGCGGAUCGCGAGGCUCAUCUCUGGAGUAGCUCGUCGGGCAUUGCAGCCUCGAAGCAGGCGGCGGAGUGCGAUGACCAUGUUGCGGAGCGUUUGGUCGUUGCGCAUCCGUUCAACCCGCCGCACUUGAUGCCGCUCGUAGAGAUUGUGCCGGGACCCCAGACGAAACCUGAGCGUGUUGAGUUUGUGAAAACCUAUUUUGAGGAUGUCCCUGGUCCUUCUCAUCUCCCUGGUUCUCGGAAUUCUCAGGACCGUGUUCAACACUAUCGUCCAAUUAUCCUGCAUAAAGAGGUUCCCGGGUUCGUGGGGAAUAGGCUUGCUUUUGCGCUUCUACGGGAAGCUUGUUACCUCGUUGGUGAAGGGGUUGUGUCGGCGCGGGAUCUGGAUUCCAUUGUGACGGCUAGUUUGGGGCCGCGGUGGGCUGGCAGUGGUGUCUUUGAAAGUUAUCAUGCUGGUGGUGGGGAGGGUGGAAUUGGCGGAUUUUUGGACAAGUUGGCGCCAACGGUGAAGGACGUCUGGGGGCAAUUGGGGCGAGUUGAUAUUCAGACAGGAGGACAGGGUGACGAUGAGAAGGAAAAGUGGAGGGAGGUGGUUGUUCGUCAAACGGAGGAAGCGUAUGGGCCGAAUACGUCGGAAGAAACACGUUUGAGGAAAGAGGUGAUGCUGAGGGGUGUUAUUGAGAUGCAGAAACAGUGUUGGAGUGCGUAA